AUGGGAGGAUGCUUCUCGAAGCCCAAACCAGUUGAAGUGAAAAUCGAAGUUGUGAUACCUGAGAAGGAAAGAAGCAAAGAGGAGAUGUCGCCCAACGGGAGAGCCAGCCCCCUGAUCUACAAAGUCAACGGGACUGCCCGGCAUUAUCACCUCGAGGAGCAUCCCAUGGCCAGCAAUCCCUACCACAACCCAAAGGACGUGGUGGAAGCGUCCGUGUGCCACGUGAAGGACCUGGAGAAUGGACAGAUGCGGGAAGUGGACCUGGGCUGCGGGAAGGCUCUGCUCAUCAAGGAGAGCGGCGAGUUCCACGCCGUGGGACACAAGUGUCCCCAUUACGGGGCUCCACUCGUCAAAGGGGUGUUGUCCAAAGGAAGAGUGCGCUGUCCCUGGCACGGAGCUUGCUUCAACAUCAGCACAGGUGACAUAGAGGACUUUCCUGGUUUGGACAGCUUACCCAGGUUCCAGGUGAAGAUCGAGAAGGAGAAGGUGUACAUUCGAGCAAGCAAGCAGGCUCUUCAGACACAGAGGAGGACAAAGAUGAUGGCAAAGUGCAUCUCCUUGAACAACUAUAACCUGAGCAGUACCAACGUGUUGAUCAUCGGUGCAGGGGCGGCUGGACUGGUCUGUGCAGAGACCCUGCGCCAGGAGGGCUUCUCAGACAGGAUCGUGAUGUGCACGAUGGACAGACACCUGCCCUAUGACAGACCGAAGCUCAGCAAGUCCAUGGAUUCCCACCCAGAGCAGAUAGCCCUGCGCCCUAAGGAGUUCUUCUGCACCUACGACAUCGAAGUCCUGACCGAAAUGCAGGUUGCAGCUGUGGAUAUCAAGAACAAGACAGCCGUGUUCAAGGACGGAUUUAAGAUGGAGUACAACAAGCUGCUGAUAGCGACCGGAAACACGCCUAAAGCUCUGAGCUGCAAGGGCAAGGAGGUGGAAAACGUUUUCAACAUCCGGACGCCGGAAGAUGCCAACCGUGUCGUGAAGCUGGCCACCAGCAAGAACGUGGUUAUCGUAGGAGCAUCCUUCCUGGGGAUGGAGGUGGCCGCCUACCUGACGGAGAGGGCCCACUCGGUGUCCCUGGUGGAGCUGGAGGAAGUCCCCUUCAAGAAGUUCUUUGGGGAGAAGGUUGGCCGCGCUGUCAUGAAG